AUGGUGGCGCAUCAGUCUCGAAACUCGCUGUCUUUCUGGAUCGAUGAAGGACGACACCUGACAACACUAGCAUCAAGGGCUAGCAUGAGCCUUUCCAAAAAGGCACCAACAAUGCCGUUGAAGAUCAGUGCUCCGUCCGACUUUCGCCAUGUGCAAUCGUUUAACGACCCCCAGCCCCCGGUUCAAAUGUUCCAACCACCGGAGCUUAGCCCUGUACAGUUGUUCCACGACCCUCAACCUCUAGUCCCUAUGUAUCAGCCAUUGGAACUAAGCAUCCAUCAGUCGGGUGGUCAACUAUCAGACCUUCCGUCGUUUGAUUCCUUCCAGUUCGGUGAGGAAUUGCGGACCCCCAGAGUACCCUCACCUGUUCUAUCACCAACUAGAACACAAUCCCGGCGAUGUGUAUCUAUGGCAGCUGGGUUCUCAGUAUAUCGCAAGCCUGUGGGGUCUGAGAAAUUCCGCUCAUUGAGCAACGUGGAGAAUGUUUUCGAGUCACCGCAUAAGCCUCGUAUAACGAGUGUUUAUAUUCCACACUUCUCUAUCAUCAACCUCAACGAUGCAGUUCCCUUGGAAGAUCCUGUUCCAUAUCCCAUAUUGUCGAGCUCAGAGACAAGCAAACUAUCGCUCGGAGCCCAGAGGCCCAAUUAUACAAACAAUCCACCAGUCCGGGCAUCAGAAGAAACUUUGCCUAGGACACCAGAAUCAAACAUGAAUGACGAGCUGGACCCAACUAAUAAUUCAUUUUUUACUGGGUCUCCAUCUUCCUCAGUUAGUUCACGCACGCUACCACAAAUCUCCUCACUACGCCAUCCCCCACUCGCACCAUCGGAAAAUCGCAACACAAUCGCAUCAAUGCCUUUAGCCAACUCUCUAGCUCAGUGGUCAUUCCCUGGUCAAAUAGUUCCACCGAAAGCAGUAUCUCUUGCUGGAGAGAAUGACUUUUUCUGGGAAAGAACCCGCACUCUGAGUGGCACCACCGUCGCUUCGAAUCUGACCACUCGAACAAACGACGCUAAUGAUCAGAAGCCAAUAGUCUUCACAGACCAAUCGCUUGAUGACUACAAGCAAUUUUCAAUCCACGAGGAGCAGUCACUGAACCUCCCUCUCGUGACAUAUGCCGAAGAUAGACACUCUACAGUCAACGUAGUCUUCUAG